UUAUCAGAUACACAUUUUCUUUGUGGCUUUCUACAUCUUCUUCCUUUUUGUCGGGACACACAAAUUUUCAAACAAAAUGGAGUCAAGAAAGUGGACUAACUACAGAACUAGGUACUUUUCCACCACAUGGUUUGGCUUGCACGGCAUCACCCGGGAGUAGCUAGAACUAUAUGCUCUCAAUGUGUUCGGCUGGAUAAUGAAACCAUAUGUAUUUAUUUUUCCCGCAAUGGUAGUGGUGCCUGCAAGCAAUAUAUGGAUGCAGAGUUGUUCGAUCCUGUUUAAUAAUAAGGAUGAUGGUACAUUCAAUCCACUCUUUUGGAUAGGCAUUCAAUCAAGUCAUGUGUGUUAAACUUGAACCCUUUCUCAUCAUAAUCGGAGCACUAAAUGCUUCCAUUCCAGAGUGGGUAAAUCCUCCGUAGCACGCCUCCUAGUCAAGCGGACUUUGUACUGAAAGUUUCAUUAAUGGCUUACUGAAGUACGGUGGUGCUGCAUUUCCCCAGCGUACAGAUUCCAAUCAGCCGCCCAAAAUUAUUAGGCUGAAAUUCUGCUCAAGGUCCCCUCCCCACCAUGGAGAAUGAUGAGCAACCACUUCUCUCUACAACACAUGAUCAGGAGCAAACUCAGAAUCCAAGACCAGCAAAAACUGGUUUUUUUUCAUUCCUGGCUGCCAAUUAUGACGACGACAUGGAUCCUAUUAACGGAGUUGGAGAUUUCUUCAGAGAGUUCCGUGUUGAAUCAAAGAAACUCUGGCAUAUUGCCGGGCCAGCCAUCUUCACAUAUCUAUGCCGCUACUCCCUCGGCGCAAUUACUCAAGUCUUUGUGGGCCACAUUGGAGCCCUGCAACUUGCUGCCUUUGCAGUUGAGAACUCCGUCAUUUCCAUGUUCUCCUUGGGUACCAUGCUUGGCAUGGGGAGCGCCCUGGAGACACUUUGUGGGCAAGCGUUUGGAGCAGGGCAACUGGAUAUGCUAGGGGUGUACAUGCAGAGAUCAUGGAUUAUCCUUGUUACCACAGCCUUACCCCUGAGUUUGAUCUACAUCUUUGCAGAGCAAAUCUUGAAACUAAUAGGUGAGACAGAGGAGAUUUCCAAGGCAGCAGGUGUUUUCGCACUGUGGAUGCUUCCCCAGCUCUUCUCUUAUGCUCUGAGCUUUCCCAUAAGCAAGUUCCUGCAGUCCCAAAGGAAGAUGUUGGUGUUGAGCUUGACAGCGGGUGUGACACUAGUUCUUCACGCAUUUUUUAGCUGGCUCCUCAUCAUGAAGUUGGGAUGGGGUCUGGUGGGUGCAGCCGUGGUGCUGAAUGUAUCUAGUUGGUUACCGGUUGCGGCGAACUUCUCAUAUAUUUUGAGUGGAAGCUGUGGCCAAGCAUGGUCUGGCUUCUCCUCGAAGGCCUUUCAGAAUCUCUGGGCAUUCGUUAAGUUAUCCCUUGCUUCAGCUGUCAUGCUCUGUUUGGAAGUGUGGUACUUCAUGGUAUUAAUCCUCUUUGCCGGGUACCUAAAAAAUGCUGAAGUUUCUGUGGAUGCCUUGUCCAUAUGUAUGACUAUAUUGGGCUGGGCAGUAAUGCUAUCUAUUGGAUUCAAUGCAGCUGUAAGCGUAAGGGUGUCAAAUGAAUUAGGGGCAAGUCACCCAAGAACUGCAAAAUUUUCAGUAGCAGUGGCCGCUAUAACUUCAUUUCUCAUCUCUGUCGUCCUCUCACUCAUUCUAAUUGCUGCUCGAAGACAGUACCCGGACUUGUUUUCCAGCAAUGCAGAAAUCAAAAAGCUCGUUUACAGCCUCACUCCGUUGCUGGCUGUCUGCAUUGUUAUUAACAAUAUUCAACCUGUUCUUUCGGGGGUUGCUGUUGGAGCAGGAUGGCAAGCUUUUAUUGCUUAUGUGAACAUUGGGUGCUACUAUGUAAUUGGGGUCCCCAUGGGCCUCCUAUUGGGUUUCAAGCUCGACUUGGGCGUCAAGGGAAUAUGGUGCGGGAUGCUGUCAGGGACAGUCAUACAAACUUGCAUACUGUUUGGGAUGAUAUAUAGAACCAACUGGAAUACUGAGGCUUCAAUGGCUGAAGAACGAAUAAGAAAAUGGGGAGGAGCUGAAACUGCAAAAGAGAAUCAUUCAGAGAAUUGAAUAGAGUUCAAGAAUGCACGAAAGCAAGUGGGAUUUCUUCUGGGAAAAUGCAGACACAAGUAAUACAGAAAAGCAAUAUACUCAGCCACAUUUCUCUACCUCAAUGGUCUAACUUCUCCAAGGACCAAAAACGGUCAACUGAUAGCAACUAGAAUAGUGGCCCAGUUUUUCUUCCUCGACUUUAAUACUAGGCCCGAGUUAGAAGUUAGAAAGUAGAAAUGUCCAGAAAGUUGACCUAGGAAAAUUAAACAGUCAUCUUCUACUGGCAUUUGUGUUUUGAGUCUAGUUUUUAGAGCGAUCUAGUCUUAUCAUAAAGAUUCCUUAUCUCUACAUUUGGGCACAUGUAUUAAAAAUUAGCAAAGAAAAAAGCAAAUGGAAUUUUCAAAUGGAA